AUGUUACGUCGAGCCCGUUCGUUGAGCCGCCUCCGUGGCGCGACACCAGGGCGCGAAGCGACCCCAUCUAUUUAUGAAUAUGGGUCGGGUAAUGAAGGCACUGGUGGAGGCGGCUUUUCAACACGUCUCAAUAUUUAUACACCAAAUCUGUAUGGAUCAAUACCACGUUCUGCACGAGCUGUUUCUGUAGCUCGAUCUAAGGAUAUCGAUGAUGAAAUACUUGGUGGUCGAGCUUAUAAUCGAUAUCAUCGAGCGCAAUCGGUAGGUUAUUUUGAUCAUUUAAAAGCACGACGACCAUAUUCUGCUUAUGGUACACAUGAUUUUGAUUAUUUUGAUCGUUAUACAGAGCGUAUUAGGGAUAAAACACCGAUUGCUCUCGAUGCUCAUUAUACUCAUUACAGGCCUUAUUAUUGGUAUCAUACUGCACCACGUACCUUUUAUUAUUAUUUUCCAUAUGAUGAUUGGCGUUAUCGACCACUUUAUUCUUAUCGUUCUCCUGCACUAUAUUCAUCAACAGGCGUUGAUUCAUCGUAUAAUUAUCGUUUUAAUGAUGCAAUCGAUCGUGUAACAUCAUUAAAACGUGCUAUGCGUGAUCUUGAUUAUACACGUGAAUUACGACAACUGCGUUAUUCUACGCCAUCAACAUAUUCAGUUAUCACUUAUGGUGAUAAUUUAUUAAAUCGAGCACGAGAAGAUGUUCGACGUGCUGUUGAUUCACGUGUUGGUAGCAGUGGUCUUUCAAGACUCAGUAAUCCACGUGACUAUUUUGGGAGAACAUAUGUUCAAUUUGAAAAAGAUGGUGUUACAGACGUUGGCGUCAAAUAUACUGGUCUAUCGAAGACUGUUGAUGCUAAGCCAAGUACUUGGAAAGCUGAAGACAAUAUUGAAAUGGCUUAUGAUUUACAAGCCAUGAAUGAUGACACAGUAGACAAACUUUAUGAGAAUCAAAUGAUAAUUAAUAAAAAUCGAGAAUGGCUUUUACAAGAUAAAGCUGGUGUUGCUCCUCGAGUGUUUCAUUUUGACAUAAACACUCGUCAAGCUCGUCACAAUGUUAACAAUGCAUUGCGUCUUGUUCGAAAUUUAAAAGAAUCUAAGAACGAAACAUUCAAUCGAUUAUCACAACCAUGGACAUUUGGAAAAUAUUCGUAA